AUGGCGGCUCCGCGUGUGAGCUUCUCCGACAAGGACUUGGAAAACGGCGAGGGUGCAGCCGACAGGUACGACCUCUCCUCAUCCUCCUCCCCUCGGCCCUGUGGGCGGCUGUUCGCGCGCUGUUGUUGUUGUCGCCGCCGCUGCUGCUGCGCACCAACAAUUAUUGCACACCACCACACCCGCCGCGCCUCAUGCUUCUGACGGGCGGCGCUUUCCGCACAUGUCGACGAGCACUCCAUGGCUGACAAUGGCAACUACAGGUCUCGAAAAUGGUCUCAGGCACCCGGCAACAUCGAUGAUCUAGGUAAUCAUGACCCUCACCACCGCGCCCAUGCGCUCGCGAUGUAGCGAUUUUUCCAUCUGCAUUACUGACAUGGACUACCAACUAGACGAGUACACCGCACUCCAGAAGUACAUCUCCACCUACCGGGAUCCCAAGGCCGCCCAAGAAGAAGAGGCCGCUGAGAAGGGUACAGAAGGCCAGAAGAAGAAGUCGUGGCAGGUCCGUCGUUCACCGCGUCACUCACCAACGACGUGCCUAUUGCUGACCACAUUCUGCAGUUCUGGAAGAAGUCUGGCUCCGACCAGCCCACCGAUGAGGGCGGACACGUCCCCGACGAGUGGCUCACCGCCGACAUCAAGCAGGGUAUCUCGCACAAUGAUGUCGAGAGCCGCCGCAAGCGCUUCGGCUGGAACGAACUCACCACCGAGAAGGAGAACUUGUUCCUGAAGUUUCUGUCCUUCUUCACCGGUCCUAUCCUCUACGGUAUGUCUCCCCUCAGCUUCCCACGGCAGCAGCAUGCAGAAUUGGGACGAAGCGCGGCUGCAAUGCCUGCCCGCAUUUCGAGGUGGCCAGCUCGAGUUGCUUUUUUCCGCAAGCUCUGCGGGUAGCUGUGCGCUUGGAGCUCUCUAGCUAGAGCUUCCUUCGGCCGCCGAGGCUUGGCCUGCGUCGGUCCCGAUCGCACUGCUGCACAACACGAUCGCCGCCUGACAUGGAGCUAAUAAUUCGUCGCAGUCAUGGAACUCGCUGUCCUCCUCGCCGCCGGUCUGCGUGACUGGAUCGAUUUGGGUGUCAUUAUCGGUAUCCUCAUGCUCAACGCCGCUGUCGGUUGGUACCAGGAAAAGCAGGCCGCCGAUGUCGUCGCUUCGUUGAAGGGUGACAUUGCCAUGAAGGCUACGGUUAUUCGCGAUGGUCAGGAACAGGAUAUCAAGGCCCGUGAGCUGGUGCCCGGUGACAUUGUUGUCAUCGAGGAAGGCCAGACUGUCCCAGCCGACGCUCGUCUCAUCUGCGACUACGACCACCCAGAAGAUUUCGAGAAGUACAAGGAGCUGCGCGAGCAACAUGCUCUCGACCCAGAGGAUGACCCGGCCGGAUCUGAAGAGGAACCCGACGCCGAGGGUGAGGGUAUCCAGCACCAGGGCCAUUCUAUCGUUGCUACUGACCAGUCCGCCAUCACUGGUGAAUCGCUCGCUGUCGACAAAUUCAUGGGAGACAUCGUCUACUACACCACCGGUUGCAAGCGUGGAAAGGCCUACGCUGUUUGCCAGACCUCUGCCAGGUUCUCUUUCGUCGGUCGUACUGCCUCCCUCGUGCAAGGCGCCAAGGACCAGGGUCAUUUCAAGGCUAUCAUGAACAGCAUCGGUACGGCGCUUCUCGUUCUCGUCAUGUUCUGGAUUCUCGCAGCCUGGAUUGGUGGUUUCUUCCGCCACUUGAAGCUCGCAACUCCCGAGGACUCCGACAACACGCUCCUCAAGUACGUCCUGAUCCUCUUCAUCAUCGGUGUUCCGGUCGGUCUUCCUGUCGUCACUACCACCACUCUGGCCGUCGGUGCCGCCUACCUCGCCAAGCAGCAAGCUAUUGUCCAGAAGCUCACCGCCAUCGAGUCGCUCGCUGGUGUCGAUGUUCUCUGCUCUGACAAGACUGGUACCCUCACUGCUAACCAGCUCUCUAUCCGUGAGCCUUACGUCGCUGAGGGCGAGGACGUUAACUGGAUGAUGGCCUGCGCUGCUCUUGCCUCCUCGCACAACAUCAAGUCUCUCGACCCUAUCGACAAGGUCACCAUCUUGACCCUCAAGCGCUACCCCAAGGCUCGUGACAUCCUCAAGGACGACUGGAAGACUGAGAAAUUUACUCCUUUCGACCCUGUCUCCAAGCGCAUCACCACUGUCUGCACGCUCCGCGGUGACCGUUUCACUUGCGCCAAGGGUGCCCCCAAGGCCAUUCUUAACCUGACUGAGUGCUCCAAGGAGACCGCCGACCUCUUCAAGGAGAAGGCGUCUGAGUUCGCUCGCCGUGGAUUCCGCUCUCUCGGUGUCGCCUACCAGAAGAACAACGAUCCAUGGGUCCUCCUCGGUAUGCUUUCCAUGUUCGACCCCCCACGUGAGGAUACCGCCCAGACCAUCGUCGAGGCCCAGCAGCUCGGUGUUCCGGUCAAGAUGCUUACUGGUGACGCUAUCGCUAUUGCCAAGGAGACUUGCAAGAUGCUUGCUCUCGGUACCAAGGUCUACAACUCUUCCAAGCUCAUCCACGGUGGUCUAUCAGGCACCACUCAGCACGACCUUGUCGAGCGUGCCGACGGUUUCGCUGAGGUCUUCCCCGAGCACAAGUACCAGGUCGUCGAGAUGCUGCAACAGCGUGGUCACUUGACUGCCAUGACUGGUGACGGUGUCAACGAUGCUCCAUCUCUCAAGAAGUCCGACUGUGGUAUCGCCGUCGAGGGUGCCACUGAGGCUGCCCAGGCUUCUGCUGAUAUCGUGUUCCUGGCUCCCGGUCUUUCCACCAUCGUCUUCGCCAUCAAGACUGCCCGCCAGAUCUUCCAGCGUAUGAAGUCCUACAUUCAGUACCGUAUCGCCCUCUGUCUGCAUCUGGAAAUCUACCUGGUCACCUCCAUGAUCAUCAUCAACGAGACCAUCAGCUCUGAGCUCAUUGUGUUCAUUGCCCUCUUCGCCGAUUUGGCCACUGUCGCCGUCGCAUACGACAAUGCUCACUCCGAGCAGCGUCCCGUCGAGUGGCAGCUUCCCAAGAUCUGGAUCAUCUCCGUCAUUCUCGGUAUCGAGCUUGCCAUCGGCACCUGGAUCAUCCGCGGUACCCUCUACCUGCCAAACGGUGGUAUUGUCCAGAACUGGGGUAACAUCCAGGAGAUUCUCUUCCUCGAAGUCGCACUUACUGAGAACUGGCUCAUCUUCGUCACCCGCGGUGCCAACACCCUCCCGUCGUGGCAACUCGUUGGUGCCAUUGGUGGUGUCGACGCUCUCGCAACCCUCUUCUGUAUCUUCGGUUGGUUGAACCCCAACAUCUACCAGCAGCCUCUCCCCAGCCCAAUGUCGUCCUUCCAGGAGACCGUCAACGGCCACACCGACGUUGUCACCGUCGUCGUUAUCUGGGCCUACUCCAUUGGUGUCCUCAUCUUCAUCGCCAUCAGUUACUACCUCCUCAACAAGAUUCCCGGCCUCGCAGAUCUUGGCCGCAAGAACCGAUCCAUUCACGACACCCAAAUGGAGAACAUCAUAGGUCACCUUAGCAAGCUGGCUCUCAAGCACGAGAAGGAUGAGAACGGCGAGGGACGAUGGACACUGGUCGGAAAGACUUCGGAAGAAGAGGAAGAUGAUUAG